AUGGCCGAUGCAGAAACCUACCUGCGGCAGCCGUGUCACAUGGUGCACGGUGUCCCCAUAGUCAAUGCCUUCGCCCAUGGCUGGGAGCGGAUUGACACCUUCCAGAGCCGCCCUGAGGACAUCGUGGUCGUCACCUUCCCCAAAUCUGGCACCACCUGGGUCUGUGAGAUUGUGGACAUGAUCCUGCAAGGCGGUGACCCUGACAAGUGCAAGCGGGAUGCUAUCACCAAGAGAGUGCCCAUGCUGGAGUUCGCUGCACCUGGGGAGAUGCCGGCAGGGACAGACUUGCUGGCCACCAUGCCCUCUCCCCGUGUGGUGAAGACUCACCUGCCUGCACACAUCCUGCCCAAAUCCUUCUGGGAAAACCGCUGCAAGAUGAUCUACGUGGGGCGCAAUGCCAAGGAUGUGGCUGUCUCCUUCUACCACUUUGACCUGAUGAACAAGUUCCAGCAGCACCCUGGAACAUGGGCUGAGUACCUGGAGAAGUUCAUGGCUGGCAGAGUGGCAUAUGGCUCCUGGUAUGACCAUGUCAAGGACUACUGGGAGCGGAGGAAGGAUCAUCCUAUCCUUUACCUCUUCUAUGAGGACUUGAAGGAGGACCUCCGCCGGGAGGUUGCCAAGGUGGCCCAGUUCCUGGGGCAGCACCUGCCAGAGGCAGUGCUGGAUGCCAUCACGCGGCACACCUCCUUCGAGGCCAUGCGGGACAACCCCACCACCAACUACACCAUGGUGCCCUCCCACAUCAUGGACCAGCGUGUCUCCCCCUUCAUGCGCAAAGGCACCACUGGAGACUGGAAGAACCACUUCACAGUGGCCCAGAGCGAGCGCUUCGACCAGGACUACGCACAGAAGAUGUCAGGCACCGACCUGCGCUUCCGCACCCAGAUCUGAGUCUGUGGUGUGGCGUGUCCCCCCAGCACACCCCCACCAGUCCCCUCCAGCCCCAGCACUGUCACAGCUUUCCUGUAUCUCACUGGUCU